UUUUCCACUCAGUUUCUCGUGGUUUAAAAUGGCGGCGUUGAGCAGCGCCGAGUCCCCACCGCCCGUCUUCAACGGAGACACCAUGAACCGCGAUCCGGAGCGGGACCCGGGACUGGACGAGCUGGGCGCGGGGCUCGAACCCGCCUGUCCCGGAGAAGCGGCGAUCCCCGAAUGUCAACAGGGCAUUCCCGAGGAGAUAUGGAAUAUUAAACAGAUGAUUAAGUUAACUCAAGAGCACCUAGAAGCCCUUUUAGAUAAGUUUGGAGGAGAACACAAUCCACCGUCUAUAUAUCUAGAGGCCUAUGAGGAGUACACUAGUAAGCUGGAUGCAUUACAGCAGCGGGAGCAGCAGCUUUUGGAAGCUAUUGGGAAUGGGACCGAGUUCUGCUCCUCGCCGACACCCACCCUGCUGGACGUGAAGGGACAGGGCAUUCAGAGUGCCCCCACUGCCCCAAACACCCUAGCUGUCCUGCAGACGCCCACUGACGCAACACGAGGCAAUCCCCGCUCGCCCCAGAAACCCAUCGUCAGGGUCUUCCUGCCCAACAAACAGAGGACUGUGGUUCCAGCUCGUUGUGGGAUGACGGUCAGAGACUCCUUAAAGAAGGCUCUGAUGAUGCGAGGCUUGAUCCCAGAAUGCUGUGCAGUCUAUAGAGUUCAGGAUGGGGAGAAGAAGCCCAUUGGCUGGGACACAGACAUUUCCUGGUUGACGGGGGAGGAGCUUCACGUUGAAGUUUUAGAAAAUGUGCCACUGACGACCCAUAAUUUUGUGCGAAAGACCUUCUUCACGCUGGCCUUCUGUGAUUUUUGCCGGAAGCUGUUGUUUCAAGGCUUCCGCUGUCAGACGUGUGGCUAUAAGUUUCACCAGCGCUGCAGCACGGAGGUCCCACUCAUGUGUGUCAACUACGAUCAGCUGGAUUUAUUGCUGGCAUCAAAAUUUCUGGUGCACCACCCCAUCACCCAGGAGGAGGUGUCAUCAGAGGGCACGACACCCAUUUCAGAGAUGUGCCCCUCGCUACCACCAUCCGAAUCUACUGGCUCUCUGUGCCAUCCUACUGUGUCCCCGUCCAAAUCCAUCCCUAUCCCGCAAUCUUUUAGACCUGGAGAAGAGGACCACCGUAACCAGUUUGGUCAGAGGGAUCGCUCCUCAUCAGCCCCUAACGUCCAUAUCAACACCAUUGAGCCGGUCAACAUUGAUGAUUUGAUUCGUGAUCAAGGCUUACCGAGGUCAGAUGGAGCCCCCUCGCAACACCCAGCCCGCUGCUUGAGGAAGAACCGAACACGGACCUCAAGCCCCCUUCUGUCCUCCCACCCCAAUGACAUUGUCUUUGAUUUUGAGCCUGAGCCAGUGUUCAGAGGCUCAACAACAGGCCUGUCCGCCACUCCCCCUGCCUCCCUGCCAGGUUCCCUGCCCAAUGUGAAGGUGUCCAAAUCUCCGUGCCAACCGAGGGAGAGGAAGCCAUCGUCUUCAUCUGAGGACCGCAAUAAAAUGAAAACUCUGGGUCGACGGGACUCGAGCGAUGAUUGGGAGAUUCCAGAAGGGCAGAUUACUCUGGGCCAGCGGAUAGGAUCUGGUUCUUUUGGGACAGUUUACAAGGGGAAAUGGCACGGUGACGUGGCGGUAAAGAUGUUGAAUGUUACAGCUCCCACUCCACAGCAGCUACAAGCCUUUAAGAAUGAAGUGGGUGUCCUCAGGAAAACCCGUCAUGUGAAUAUCCUGCUGUUCAUGGGCUACACCACCAAACCCCAGCUGGCUAUUGUUACUCAGUGGUGCGAAGGCUCGAGUCUCUACCACCACCUGCACAUCAUCGAGACCAAGUUCGAGAUGAUCAAGCUGAUCGACAUUGCCCGACAGACAGCUCAGGGCAUGGACUAUCUGCACGCAAAGUCCAUCAUCCAUAGAGAUCUGAAGAGUAACAACAUCUUUUUGCACGAGGAUUUAACGGUAAAGAUUGGAGAUUUCGGUCUGGCUACAGUGAAGUCCCGCUGGAGCGGAUCACACCAGUUUGAGCAACUUUCAGGCUCUAUCUUGUGGAUGGCUCCAGAAGUGAUCAGACUGCAGGAUAAAAACCCAUAUAGUUUCCAGUCGGACGUCUACGCAUUCGGCAUAGUGCUUUAUGAGCUUAUGUCAGGGGCUUUGCCUUAUUCAAACAUCAACAACAGAGACCAGAUUAUCUUCAUGGUUGGCCGGGGUUACUUGUCUCCUGACUUGAGCAAGGUGCGCAGCAAUUGUCCUAAGGCCAUGAAGAGACUUAUGGCAGAUUGUCUAAAGAAAAAGCGAGAAGAAAGACCUCUUUUCCCUCAGAUCUUGGCCUCCAUCGAGUUAUUGGCACGCUCUCUGCCCAAAAUCCACCGCAGCGCCUCUGAACCGUCUCUGAACCGCGCUGGCUUCCAGACGGAGGACUUCAGCCUAUACACCUGCGCUUCCCCCAAAACACCCAUUCAGGCCGGUGGCUAUGGUGAAUUCACAGCGUUUAAAUAGUGCUGCAAAUCCUAAACCUCCAUCCCUUGUCAGUUUUUCAGACGUCUUGUGUUCCUAUGAUGGGUUCAUCCAUAACAACACAGAAAAAGGACAAGUUUUCAAAGAAUGUGCUGUUUUUCUUCCUCUUUACCCGAAGAGCUACGGCCUCAACGGAAUUGCUUUAAAAUAAAAACAUCUCUGCAGGGUGUCACUUUACAAAAAAAUAAAUGUCAUAAACAUCGCCGGACAACUCUAAUACAGCUUACAAUGGAGAAGAAAAAAUAAAAGACUGAUCCUGGUCACUGGAAAAGAAACAAACCCAAAUAGAUCAAAUGGCAGGGAUUAAAUAAAAGAAAGAUGAAUGAGUUUGGGAUGAAUGGAACACAAGCCCCGCCUUUGCUCCACCCCUGGAGGGGAAGAACAUACAGCACUGGCCAAUCAGAAAACAGGGUCCGAAUUUGGACCAGUGGCGUGGAAAAAAGAGAAGAUGUCAAGUCGCUGUCGAGGAAAGUUGCUGGAGGUCAGAAAAUAACUUGAACGAUAUUUAGAAAGGUUCGUUCUUUUGCAAAACGUUAAUGUGACGUCGCCUGUGGCUGGAGUUGCUAAUAUUACAUUUUUUUUUUCCUGAAGGGUCAUAAGUUGUAGAUAAACAGACCCACUUUUUGGUUACAGCUAGUUAGUGAGCAGGGGUAAAUGAAGAUACCAUUAAAAAUGCUUUUUUAUAUACAGGUAUACGUUUUUCAAUAGGUUCUUUGCUUUUUAAUUUUUUGUCAAGGCAAACUCUGAUGUGUUUUAUUUUAUGUUUCAACUUCCCAUGACUGGGCAAAUGCUUUUAGUCUCUUGGAUCGACACAGAUAUCAGACAUUUGCCAGGUGGGCAGAUUUAAAGCGGUUUUUGCGCUUCUAGAGAAUGUGAUUAUUCAGUUUUUCGUUUUGCUGCCUUGUAGUAGCUGACGUCAUGUUUCUGAAUAAAUUAAAGGUUAUAUUAUUAUUUUAAGUUUCUUGUAGAAAAAAAACCCACUGUAUAAAGCAAACAUAAAGCCUCGCUACGGAGUUCAGAUGUGGGCGUGUUUCAGAUGUAUUUCUGUACUUUUCACUACAAAUUUGUGCUUAACUGUUAUUAGAAGCCAUUCCUUUGAGGCCAUAAUGGUUAACAGAAUUUUUCUUUACUUUUUUUGAGAUUUGGUCCAUCAACAAGACACAUUUUUUUGGACCUUGCACCACUGGAUUCAUUCCAACUUUUUUUUGUUCACGGGUCAUAGUUUUUGUUGUUGUUGUUUUCAUAUAGUUUUUUGUGUUACAGACAGGCAGGCCUGCAAAGUUACAUUAAUUUAUAUUGCUUUAAUUUGAUUAUUUUUGUUCAGUGUUUUUUGUCUCUGAGAAUUGUGUGUCUAUAUAUAUAUAUAUAUAUAUAUAUAUAUAUAUAUAUAUAUAUAUAUAUAUAUAUAUAUAUAUAUAUAUAGAUACAUAUAUUUUCUCACUCAUUCUGUAAUUUGCUGAAAUGGACAUUACGCAGUGCGUCUGUGCACUUUGUAUAAAUGACUGAAGCAGAUAAGCAAUUUUGCCUUUUUAAAGACUUAAUAUAUUUUGUCAUAUGAACAGGUUAAAGCAUGGUUACCAGAUUGCAAAAUGAAUGAAAAUUUCAAAAGCAGGCAGGGCCAUGGGACACUAAAAACCAAAGCUUAAUCCAUCCUCGCCAUCUGUGUCCACCUUUGUCUUUGCCGGAGAGCGCUUAUCUGGAUGAAUUCGUUCUUUGACUCAAACAGGCUUCCAGCUUGCUUUAUUGGUUCAAAGACUUCUGCGUCAACCCUCUAAGCAUAGCUUUGGGCUGUAGUGACACUAGCACUGUGUAGCCCUAAAGUUCGCCUAGACACUGUGGACAUGGAAAUGCCCUCGUAGGAAUGCUUUUCGUUAUUAUUAAAAUCAGUGGCUCCGCCUCCCUCUCUUUUUUUUCCUUGCUUAUACGAAAUGACACAUUUUUGCUUUCGGCUCCACAAAAUGCUUGAUGUUGCACAGAUAACUGAGGCUCUGCGCUUGGUUCGCCACUCGUGCUCUGUUACAAAAGCGAGGACAUGCACCAUCUUCUUGCUUCUGUUGAGAUGGAUUGAAUUAUUUAUUUUGGCUCUCAUUUUGAUUCUUUUUGUAAGGACGAAACUCUGAAUUGGUUCCACCAUUUAUACUUGCCAUUACGGAGAGGAGAUCGUGUCAUUCAUAAUGGUGGUCAAUAUUUUCACAUGUAUAGUUUUUGACGAGACAUUUGAAUGGACUUCUUCUCAGAUUAAGCCGGCAAACCUAAUGUGGGUUGCGUUUGGAGAUCGUACAAGUGUAUUUUAAGAGUGCUGUAUUUAUUUUCUAUGGGAAUGUUACUGAAGAGUUCUGACUUGCAAAGGAUUGAUCCUUCCUUGGAAUACUUGAGGACCCAUUUAAUUACAACGCAACAUAUAUAUAUAUAUAAUCUAAAAAAAAUUAUUUCACUUCCCCCAAACCCCAUUUUAUUUGCAUUUUAAGGCCUUCACCAAAAACGUCCAUAUCACAUUCCUUUCUAUUGCCUUGCCUGCACUUUAAACCCCCUACCCCACACCCCCCAGUGCAAGUUCAUUCAAGAGAGAACUAUCAUACAAAUGUUUGGGAGACUCUUUUCAUCUGUAAAUAGCUGUACAAAGAAAGUACUGUCCGUUUGCUAGGAGGCAUGGAGAUAAAAAAAAUUGAAAUGACUUCAAAUGUUUCAACUUAAGAAAUAAAGGUUAAGAAAAGACAUUUUGAUAGAUGAACUUCUGAGAAAAUAUUUCUGUGUAAAAAUAUUUAAGACUGUAUUAUAUAAAAGGAAAAGAGCUUAAUGUAUUUGUUGUGAAUAUGAAAAACUGAUAUAUUAAAGAAGUGCAUGAAAACUGA